AAUCACGAAUGCAAGUUUGUGGCCAAAAUGCGGAAAGGCACUUUGAUUCUCAUCGCCGUAGUUAUGACGGUUUGCCUUUUUGCGAAUGUAACUGGAGUAACUCGAUGCAAGGGGAAGCCCAAGGAUUCAAAGUGUGCCGGGAAUCUGGAUGGCGGUAACAAUCGCAAAAGCAAGUGCAAGAAAUCGGCCAACAAAAACAUGUGGCACUACAAUGCACUGACAAAAAACUGCACACAAUUGAAUUACCUGGGAUGUGGUGGCAAUGAUAAUCGCUGGUGCACAAAAGCCUUAUGUGAAGGCUGUCGACGACCAAGAUGA